AUGGCUCCGCCUCUUAUGGCUGACUCCAGUAUUCUUUUGGGGAGCCUCCACAUGUUUCUGACAAGUGGGCGUACGAAUGCGCCGAACAUGGUCGCCAAGCUCUGCAAAGAGGCUAUUGGUCCUUGCUCGGCCAGCUUGGCCUGGGCGUCUAACAGCCGCGUGCAAGUUGUUCACGCAAUCGGCUUGUUGGGCGUUGGCGCGUAUGCCAUGGCCCUGCCAAAGGUGGCACCCAACUGGCUUGAAGAAAACAUCGUCGCUGAAGCAGCACGGAUCGGAAACGAAGUUCCGAAGCAGCAGAUGAUCUUCCAAGUGGCCGUGACCGUCUUGGCAGCAUUGAACUUGCUAUGCUUGGUGAUGCUUGUGCUUGCCUGUCAAGCUGUUCGCUCUGAAGCCAUAGCGAAGAUCAUUGAGGAAACCUGGGAGGAUGCCCGGUCUCAUGCCCACUUUGUCAGUGUUCUGCGCGACAGCUACAGAAUCUCGAUGGGGCUACUCGGUUCGGUGGUGGUAAUCUAUGCGCUUCUCAGUCGGCUGUCACGGCUUCCAUAUCCCUGCGCUUUUAUCCUGGGCUGGAGUCCGGCCUUCCUUCCCGCCUGGGUCUUGCUUCAGCUGGUGACCUUCAUUCGCUUGAUGGCCGCUCUGUCAAUGAGCCAGGUCGAGAGCUUCUACCAUGAGUUGGACUCGAUUGGGAUGGUCAAGGUUGAGGGCCGGGACUUUGCCAAUGUGAAGCCAGGACACUGGCUGUAUCUUCUUCGGAGACACCAGGCUCUGCUCCGCGACUUAAAGUCAAUGUCCCUGGCAAUCUCCACAACGGUGCUUGUGUUUCAGAACGUCGUGGCUGGCUCCAGCUUGUUACUGUUGUGGGUUGCCCGCGCCUGUCAGCUGGAUCCCUGGGCUGCCACAGGCUACGUGCUCUUGGCGUUUACUAUGGGCUGCUCCGGAAUAUUUGCAAUGCUGCCCCUUGCAUACAUCACGGACCUAUGCCAGUCACGCCGCUUCGGUCGAAGAUCCUUGCUCGCGCUGGCAGACCGGUACAGCGGAUGGCCCAUGACCGCAGACAUUCAUACGGAGUACAUGCGCUUCAUGCAGCAUCUCAACACCCAGGAGGCAGGAAUUUACAUUCCGACAAUGGGACUGGUCACCCGCUCGUCACUUUCACAGCGAAUCAUGCUGUAUGUGAAGGUUCUCCCUGUAGCGCUGGCCUUAACCUUGGGCUGGUGGCGGCGAGGAUAA